UGCGAACCUCUGUAAAACAAGAAGAAGACGAGAAAGAAGAAGAAAGCUGUCAGCUGCUUCAGCAACACAACAAACAUGGCGUCAGGAGGCGGCUAACUGAGAAGAAAAGCUGGGUAUCUUCCAGAGCCGUUUUAAAUGAAAGUUGUAUUUAUUAAUUAAAGAUAACAUUUGCUUCGUCGUGAUCUCAAGAUGGAGUCCGCUUCGUUUCCAGAGGAUGUUUUGGAGAGGAAAGUGUGUGUUGUCGGGUCGGAGCCGGUGGAAAACUACACUGUCUAUAUCAUCGAGGUGUCGGAUGGAGAGCACAGAUGGACUGUAAAGCAUCGCUACAGUGACUUUCACGACCUCCACGAGAAGCUGACGGCAGAGAAGAAGGUGGACCGACGGCUGCUUCCUCCAAAGAAGAUGUUGGGGAAGAACUCAAAGAGUCUGGUGGAGCGGCGGCAGAAGGAGCUGGAGCUUUACCUGCAGACGCUGCUGCAGCAGUUCCCAAAGGCCACACCGUCUCCACUCGCCUGCUUCCUGCACUUUCACCUUUACGAGAUCAACGGGAUCACAGCAGCUCUGGCUGAGGAGUUGUUCAACAAAGGGGAGCAGUUGUUGCAGGCCGGCGAGGUCUUUUCUCUCUUUCCUCUGCAGCUUUACUCCGUCUCCCAGCAGCUACGUCUGGCAAAACCAACCUGCUGCAGCGGAGACGCCAAGACCGACCUGGGACACAUCCUGGACUUCACCUGCAGGCUGCGAUACCUCAAGGUGUCUGGUACCAGAGGUCCAGUAGGAUCCAGUAACAUCCAGGAGAGCAGUCUCCCCUUCGACCUGUCUGUCUUCAAGUCACUGCUGCAGAUAGAGAUCAGUGAGUGCAGCUCGCAGCAGAUCCGAGGUCUUUCAUCUCUGAGGUCCAGUCUGGCAACUCUGAGUAUCCACCACUCCAUGGAAACUAUGACGUCAAUCCUGGUCCCGGAGUCGAGCGAGUUCUCUCAGUGGGAGGCUGAGGGGGCGGAGUCGGGCUGUCCCGUCACCGCGGUAAUCCCGGUGUGGAGAAAUCUGACUACGCUGGACAUGAGCCACAACGGCAUCAGCACCAUCGACAGCUCUGUGAAACUGAUUCCUAAGGUGGAGUUUCUGGAUCUAAGUCACAACAAGCUGUCCACAGUGGAGAACCUCCAGCACCUCUACAAUCUGGUCCAUGUGGAUCUGUCCUACAACUGCCUGCAAGUCCUGGAAGCUGCUCACACCCGUCUAGGAAACAUCAAAACUCUGAGUCUGGCCGGCAACCAGCUGCAGCAGCUAAGCGGCCUCACCAAGCUCUACUCACUGGUCAACCUGGACCUCAGCCACAACCAGCUGGACCAGCUGGAGGAGAUCAGGAACAUCGGCUCUCUGCCCUGUCUGGAGAAACUCAACCUGUCCAGUAACCCCAUGUGCAUCAUCCCGGACUACAGGACCAAGGUGCUGGCCCAGUUUGGAGACCGGGCAUCAGAGGUUUGUCUGGACGGUAAGGUGACGACAGAGAAGGAGCUGGACACAGUGGAAGUGUUGAAAGCAAUUCAGAAAGCCAAAGAAGUCAAAGACAGGAUGAGCAGCGGUGACAAGAAGAUCAGUGAGGAGACCAGGCUGUCUGCUGCUGCACCUCCUCACCUCUCCUCCUCCUCCUCUCCCCCCUCCUCUUCCUCCUGCUGCUCCUCUGCUGUCGCUCCUCCCACUGUUACCUCUUCCUCUUCCUCCUCCUCUUUCUCUUCCUGUCCGGCCCAGCAGGCCUCUUGCCCCAGCCAAGAAGUGACAAGCAGAGAAGACUCCGUUCCCCCCAGCACUCUCCCGCCUGUGGACGCUGCACCCCCCCCACCAAGCUUUAACACCAACACAAACCUCCUGUCUGCUGACUCCACCCAGGUACACCAACCUGCUGUCAGUCUGUCUGAACACACACUCUGUGGAGCUCCCACAAGCAUAACUACUACCACUACUACUAAUACUACUACUACUACAAAUUCUACAAAGGCUGUCUGUUGCGCCUGCUGCUCUUCCCCCUCCUCCAGACCAGCUGAGACCCCUUGCUUCUCCUGCAGCGCAGCCUGCUGUCCUCUACUUCCUUCUCUGCUGCUCUCCCUCUCCUCCUCCAACAAAGACUUCAUUACCCAGCUCUCCCAUCGGCUAAGCUCCAUUCUGAAGGAGCAGAAAAGGGAGAAGGUGGAGGAGGAAGAGACGGAGGAGGAGGAGAGAGAGGAAGACAAGAGAGAGGAAGACAAGAGAGAGGAAGACAAGAGAGAGGAAGACAAGAGAGAGGAAGACAAGAGGUCUAAAUCCAGAGAGCUUCAGUCCCAUGUGGAGUGCACUGAGGAGGGAAGUCUCAGUCCAGGCUCCAGGGACGGAUACUUCGAGAUGGGCCUGGAUGACUCUUUAGAGGAGCCCGUCAGCUCCUCUUCCUCCACGUCGCUCGCUGUUCCUUCUGCAGAGGAGCCUGGUAGCCAGCAGGAGGAGCUGUGUGAAGAGGAGGAGAAGGAGAAGAAGGAGAAGAAGGAGAAGAAGAAGAAGAAGAAGGAAAAGGAGAAGGAGGUGCAGGUCAGCAGGGUCCUGUGGUGCUACUGUCUUCAGCUGAAGGAGGAAGUGGAGCAAAAGAAGGCUUGCCUGGUGCUGACAGACCAAAUAUUGUGCCUGAUGUACCUGUCAGAUGAUUUCACACGGUCCAAUCAGGACGCAGACCAGGAGCAGAGUGUGGAGGAGGUGCUGUCCAGCCUGCAGGUGGACCUCCUGCUGCCGUACUCACAGCUCCUCCUCUCCUCCCAAGCCGAGCUCCCUGACUCCUGCCUCGCAUUCGGCCUCAAAGCUGCUCCGACCCGCUGGUUCCUCUUCUCAGAGCCAGAGGCGCUCCGGCAGACCAGGAGCGAGCUGAAGGUGUUGAUCCAGGCCGUAAAGUCUCAGCCUGACCCCGAGCCCCCCCUCCCUCCUCAGCUCCUCCACCGCUCGCUCAUCAACUCCUGGGAGCUGGAGGAGAGUCAGGGGGCCCAGGGAGGCUAUGCUGCCUUUCUCCUUCCUUCCUCCUCCACCUCCUUCUCGGCCCCGGACACCCACCCGCUCCUGUCAGACAUCUUCUCCAGCAGAGAGGACCCCAGCCUCCCUUCCCUCCUCUUUCUCACCCACAGACACCUCUGGGUGCUGAAGAUUGAUUUCAGAGAGCUGGCAGAGAGUGAGAGAAGGAGCGCUGGCCUUCAUCACUCCUCCUCCUCCUCCUCCUCCUCCUGGUGCAGGCUGGUCCGUGUGCCCAUCGGCUCCAUGGUGCUCCACCCUGGAGAAAGGGCUUCAAAGGUCGAGGAAAGAAGCAGCAACACCUCCUGCCCCGACCCCAAACACCACCACAGGAGGAGUCACUCUGUGGAGCUGCUGCUGUGCGGUCAGAGGCUGCUGCUGCUCUUCCCUCUGGCCCAGAACAGGAGCUCCUUCCUGGGGGAGUUUAGGCAAAGGAGAGCUGCUCUGGAGGGGCUGAAGAUGGUCGCCCUGCCUCUGCCCUGUCCACAGGACGGGCCGCACACACAAGGCCGUCACGGAUCCAGAGACCAGUGCUGUUGUUCCAGCAAGAGGAAAUCACACAGCACCAACAGCUGGGACUCCUCCCGUCUCCAGGUGGAGGAGAACCAGCCGUCCCCCCACCUCACUCCAAGUCUCUCCCCAGGACUGAAGCUCCUUGCUGGGCUCGGAGGGGAGCAGCUGCUGACCCACUUUCACAGAUAUAUAGCAGAGUCUGAGUCGGAGGAGGUGAGACAGGUGUUGUGGCUGUCUGUGGUUCUCUACAAGUCUCCAGAGUCUGAGCUCACCUGCUGUCUGCUUCUAUCCAACGACACCAUCUACUUCCUGUUGGAGGACUCCGCCGCCACACUCGUUCAUCACUCUGUGUUGGACGUUAUGGACUCUGGAGAUCCGGACUUGUGCCUGUGCUGCUGUCUGUCCAUCAGACUCUCUGAUCUGCUGUCUGUCAAUGUGGGACUGUUCGACCAGUACUUCCGAGUCGUAGGCCGCUCAGCCGAUCACAUCGUGUGCUGCCUCAGCAGGGACAGUUAUGGGACGGGUGUCUUCCUCCAGGAGCUGAUGUCGGCUCUGAGUCUGCAGCAGCAGCUUCCUCAACCAGAGCCGUCUGAUCAGGACUUCUACUCACAGUUUACCAGCACAAACACCGGUAAGAUGCAGAACUACGAGCUGCUCCACAGCAGCAGGGUGAAGUUUAUUUAUCCCAGUGAGGAGGAGAUGGGAGACCUGACAUUCAUCGUGGCAGAGAGGAAAACUCCGGCCAGCGCAGCGUCUUCGUCAUCACGCUCCUUCAACGUCCUGCUCUACCUGCUAGUUUUCCAGGUCCAGAUCCCGAGUCAAGGCUCCACUCUCUCCGGCCUCUCUUCCUCCUCCUCCUCCGGGCUGUGUCCGGUCCUCCAGCCCAGGACUCUGAUCCUGACCAGCACCGACGUGUUCCUGUUGGAUGAGGACUACGUCAGCUAUCCUCUGCCAGACUUUGCCAAAGAACCUCCCUCCAGGGAGCGGUACCAGCUGCGUGAGGCUCGGAGGAUCCGUGACCUGGACCGGGUGCUGCUGGGGUACCAGACGUACCCUCAGGCUCUGACCCUGGUGUUCGACGACCUUCCCGGCCCCGACCUGCUCUGCCACCUCACCAUGGACCAUUUCACUGCUGCAGGGGAGGAGGCCCCGUCCAGAGGGGGUGGAUCCAGCAGCGGAGCAGAGGGCGAGGUCCAAUGGUGCGUCUUCGUCCCGGGAGCCGACAGCAGAGAGAGGCUGAUCUCACUCCUCGCUCGCCAGUGGGAGGCGCUGUGCAGCCGGGAGCUUCCUGUGGAGCUCACCGGCUGAUUGGAUGUCGGUCAGGUGGAUGACCUAGUUGGGAGCUGAUGACAGACGGAGUCAUCAUAAGAGCGAGAUGAUUACCUAGCAGAUUAAGGGCUUGGUUAGCUGUUUAAAGGCUUCAAUAUGCUCUAAACGAAGAAGUGUUUUCUGACCACAUCUAAAGGCAAGGCUUUUUCACAUAGAAUGGUGGUCUGAUAGAGAGUCUGGCAAGAUGUGAUGAAUCAAUGAAAUGGGGCUAACAAUGUACAAUGGAUUGUGCUCGGUUGUCCAUAUGAAAAGCGACACAAAUAAGUGUGGUGAGUGUUAAAAAAAAGUAAGAAGAACAAAUCCUGUGUACGUACAAUAGAGCUGCAACAAUUAGUAGACUAUUAAAAGCUUAUUUCUUUAUAAUCAAGGUAAUUUUUCAUUUGCAAAAAAGAAACAAACUACUGUUAUCAGCCAGGUUUCCUGCUUUUAUCUGUUUUAUCUCCUAUUAAACAGAAUAUCUUUCAGUUUUGGACCGACAAAUGAGGGAAAACAUUUAAAGAUAACACAUUGUAAAUCUGGAAUAGACAUUUUCACUAGAUUCUGACAUUUUAUAGAACAAACUGUUAUAAUCAAUAACACAUUUUCUCUUAUUCCUCCAGCCAGUCGCAUCAUCAAGUCUGCUUUCAGAAGCUAUCCCUGGCUGCAUCCUACUGCCUCACCACCUCUCUCAAACACCUCUCUCAAACACCUCUUUCAAACACCUCUUUCGUGUAUUUUGCAUGUCCUUGUAGUCUUGAAUAGAGAAAACAGCGUUUUUUCCUAGAACACAUUCCUUGUGUUGCACUCAGUUCUUCACAUGUAAAGUGACAGCAGGGUUAGCAGUUUAAAAAAACAUAUGCUUGAGAGAUAAUUUGACCCUUACGGCCCGUCCACACAGCGGCGUGCGUUGAAGCUUCCCGGCGGGGGGGGGGGCUGAAACUUGACCAACAACCAAUCACAUGAAUCUCCCGCCCCGGACACACAAGCACGCGGUUUGAUUGGCCAGAGCUUGUACUGGCAUAUGAUUCGAUUGGCUGACGCUUCCGCCGAAGCUUCAAAAGUUGACAUUGCUCAACUUUUGCAGCGAGCAACGCUUUUGAAGCUACAACGCACGCCGCUGUGUGGACGGACCGUUACACCUCCUAACAUGGAGGCAAUCCAUGUGUAAAGUUGCCAUGAUUGUUGGUUUCAGACAAGCACACAGUUUGAAGCAUACUGGGGCCUUUGGUCGUACUUCUUACAGAUUGAAAGGGAUCUGGCUUUGUUCAAACAACGUUUGGUGUCCGCUCCAGAAAAAAGUCUUGGUCAAACUCAAAGGACAGCAGACUGCCAUUACAGGCCUGAGACCUCACACUGAGCCGAAACAGUCAGAGUUUCUGGCACAACCUCACCUUAUUUUAAAGUGUCUCACACGCAGCAAAUGUACAGACUUGAGAGAGAGACAGACAGACAGACAGACAGACAGACAGACAGACAGACAGACAGACAGACAGACAGACAGACAUGUGUUGCACAGUAGGGGGUGCUGCAGACAGUCCACAGGAGUUUACUACCUUUUAAUCAACAUUACCUUAAAGGAACAGUCAUUUCAGGUAUAUCCUCUUGUCCUCUCCGGAGUCAGAUGUAUAGCAGUUUCAUUUCUGUGAGUUCAGUACAAAUAAGUAUAACGUGUUAUCCUAGCUUAGCACAAAGACUGGAAGCAGGGGGAAACUGCCAAACGAGCCUCAUUAAAACUCCAAAGUUGUCUGAUUUACAUGUGUUUAUUUAUGUAAAGUUGCUCUUAAAACCAAAAAAACAUGUUUUUACUUUUCUGCAGUCUGACUCUGGGCGAGGAAACAAAAGGGAUCUCCAAAAAUGUUGGACUGUAGUUUUUAAAUAGCACACACACAAACUUACACACACACACACUCAGCUGCUCUGCACAAUAUGCUCUCUGAAAAUUGUAUUCCUUGCACAUUGAUGAAGCAGUAUUGUUGAACUGUAUAUUGAAGCUUUUUUAUUGACAUGAUAUUAAUGUAAUUAUGUUUGGGGCAGACGGAUGUUUUCCAUCCUAAAGCAGAUUUUGUACUAAACACGGAGAUCCUUGAGGAUUUUUUCCAAAAAGAACUCUUAAAUAUCUUAUUUAGUAUUAUCAUUAAGUAUUAUUUUUUAUAUUUUCUUAGUUUUAUUUUAUUGUCUGUUUUGUCUUUUAUACAUUGUUAUCGACAAAUGGGAAGCCAGUCAGUGCUGGACCCUGCCACCAUUCACCACUGUUGUUUAUGUUUCAUGUUGUCUUGUAAAUGGGGAAUGCCACUCAAUUAAAGUGAAAACGAAAACUCCACAA